UUGAAGUCUCGUUUUUUUAAAUUGCAAGAAGAAGACGCAUUAACCCUACAUAUUUUGUUUAAACAUGUAUUUUUCCAAACAUUAAUCUUUUAGUUUAUUUUCAGUGUGCACGAUGUCUGUGCAGAACGUAGGAUGUUCGCGUGGUCAGCAAAAGAAGGUGAAUCGAAAGCUGGCAAAAUUUCAGCAUGUAAUUAAAAAAGAAGCUGGUGUCAACAGUUCCCCUAUUCCUACAAAUAAUCUGGCAAUUUGCAACGCGGGCCUUGUUAAUGGCCUUACGGAAGAAUCAAUUUUUGAAUACUUUAGUGAAUUUGGGCCUUUAUCAGAUAUUCUAUUGUUACCCGGAAAAUCGUGCAGCUUUCUCGCAUAUGAGGAUGUAAUGUGUGCAGUUGCUGCCUAUAACGCAUUGAAUGGUAAGCUAGAUAUUGCUCAGUAUAAUAGGCCAAUUUAUUUACUUUAUGUGGAUCAAUUACCCCGUUUAUCUGAGACAACCAUUUGGGAUAAAUUACCACCAGGUCUGAUAAUUAUUAAUGACUUUAUCAGCACCGCUGAAGAAGAAUCUUUGUUAAAAUUGUGUAGCUUUCGAGAUCAGCCCUGUGGCAUAAUGAAAAACAGACUCGUGGAACAUUUCGGUUUUGAAUUUCGAUACGAUAUUAACAAUGUGGACAAAGACAAACCCUUAAGCUGCAAUGUGCCGUGUGAAACAAAUUUUUUAUGGGCAAGAUUGCAGCAAACACACCCUGAGUUUGGACAAUUUCAACCGGAUCAAUUGACAGUAAAUUGCUAUUCUCCCGGUCAAGGAAUUCCUCAUCAUGUUGACACGCACAGUGCCUUUGAAAGUCCUAUUAUGUGCCUAUCUCUGGCAUCAACAAUUGUUAUGGAAUUUAAAAACGAAGGCCUGCAUAUUUGUUCGUUACUGCCAAGGAGAUCUCUGCUAAUAAUGUCUGGCGAAAGCAGAUAUAAUUGGACUCAUGGUAUUGUUCCAAGAAAGUUUGAUGUUAUAAGGAACAAAUCUGCUGUAGGAUUUACCUGCUUAAAAAGGGAAACUAGGAUUUCAUUCACUUUUCGUAAAGUGCUUCAUGGUGAUUGUAAAUGCUCCUUUAAAGCGAAAUGUGAUCAAAUGAAACAAAAUAAUAUUAAUGGAAAUGUAGCCGCACAGCUCGAAGCACUACAUGUGCAUGAGGUGUACGAGAACAUAGCUGAUCAUUUUAGUGACACCAGGCACAAACCAUGGCCCAAUGUACUUGAAUUUGUACAAUCGUUCACGUAUGGGGACAUUCUUGUGGAUGUGGGCUGUGGAAAUGGCAAAUAUUUGGGCCACAAUAAAUACAUUUUUGAUAUUGGUUGUGACCGCAGUACCGGCUUAGUUGAUAUCUGUCGCGGGAAAAAAGUUGAGACUUUCAUUACCGAUUGCUUAUCAAUACCAAUAAACGAUCAAUAUGUUGAUGGUGUUAUCAGCAUUGCUGUUAUACACCACUUGGCAACUGAGGAAAGAAGAUUGAAAGCAAUUAAGGAAAUGGUCAGGAUAUUGAGAAUUGGUGGAAAGGGUUUAAUUUAUGUCUGGGCUCACGAGCAAAUCAAAAACCAAAAAAAGUCCAGUUAUAUUAUGCAAUGCAGGAAAAACAGAAAAGAAACAACUCUGAAACAUCUUGAUUCGUCUGAAGGUAGACAAGAAGUGCCAUUGCCAGGAGGCAUUGAGUUACCCGUUCAUGCUAACAGAAGCAACUUUAAGGCUAGUGACGUAUUAGUUCCAUGGAAACUUAAAGACGAUAAUAAGACCUUUCUUAGGUUUUACCAUGUUUUUGGGGAACAUGAGUUGGAAAAGAUGUGCCAACAAAUAAAUAAUAUAGAAAUUAUUCGAAGUUACUAUGAUCAAGGAAAUUGGUGCAUUUCAUUUCGACGAGUAGAAUAAAGCUGAUGUAUCGAUUGUUUAUUAAAUUUAUAUACAUA